AUGAUACUCAGAAUCGUGUUUACUUGUUUCCUCGGGCAAAGUCUCGCUGCACCAAUCGCCAACGUUUGGUUGAGUCCUCUGGGAUCCUUAUCGCCGUUGAGACAGUAUCACAUACAAGAUGGGUCUGGCGGAUAUCAGUACUCCUUCACCGGGCCUCAUCACGCCAAAUCGGAAUCCAGUUUGAACGGAAUCACGCAGGGUGGUUAUUCCUACAUCGACGCGAACGGAAUUCUGCAAACGGUGUCGUACACCGCGGACGAUCAAAAUGGAUUCAGAGUGAGCGCGAGCAACUUGCCCCAACCGCCCAAGAACGAUCUCCAAACGAUCCAGGACACGCCGGAAGUGGCCUCGGCGAAGAAGAGUCAUUUGGAGGAGCUGCAGAAGUCGCAGCUGAGGGACCAGUCCAACUAUCAAUCGAACGUUCUGUCUUACAAGAUCCUCCCUUCUUACUACAGCUUCGCCCAGCUACGGAAAGACGACGAGAAGAACCUGGCUGUUCGAGAAAUCGCAACCCCCAAGAAUCCGUUCCUCCUCUCGCGAUCCGAGGUGGAGAAGAUCGAGGUGCCCAAACCAGACAAGAACCUCCUGCAGAUAUCCUCCAGUCCAACGUUAUCGUCCCAAUUGCCACUCUCGUCGAACCAAGGGGCCCAGCAGAACAACGAAGGACUUGGUGAGAACUCGUUGCAACGAGGACAGCUCGUGUCGUUGGGCAGCGUUCACAGAUCGACGCAAGUCCCCGGAUCCUACGUGGUUCCCAUCGUGCCGUACAGGCUGCUCCACAGCACCCUUCAUCACACUCAAGACUCUCUGGGGCGAUACGAUUACACCUACGCUGGCGAUUCCAGCGCGAAAACGGAGUCCAGGUCCCUAGACGGGACGACGAGGGGUGCUUACAGUUACAUCGACCCCAAUGGCGUGUUGCAACAGGUCCAUUACGUGGCGGACCACAACGGAUUCAGGGUUCUGGCGACCAAUCUCCCGGAAGCCAAAUAACGGAAGUCCUCGCGCGUCGAAAAGUUCCUCAGGAAUUUAGGGAUCGCCCUCUGGAAGCGCCCUGCGCGAGGUUGGAACGAAAGUCCUCUGGAAUAUUUGUAGUAGAGUAUAAGAGAGUAUAGAAAAAGUAUUCUUUAA